CGUCGGGAAGAAUGCGAACGCAAGGCGAGGAGGGGGGAGAUGGACCCUCGGUUGGAGUUCACUUUCCAACUUCUCAUAGAUGCUACCGGUCUGCCUAGGCACGAGAUCAUGGACCAUGUGUUUGAAGGAGAUAUGCUCGACGAAAUAAACCAAAUCUUCCUACCCAACAUGAAGACUAAGCUGAUGUGGUUCUAUCAAGACGUGGAGGACACCGAAUCCCAGGCUCAGCAGGAGGCCAACAAAGCAAGCACUAGUCGACAACUGCAACCUAGCACCAGUAGAAUCAAUCUAAUCAACCAGCAGAUCGCACCCACUUAUAAAAAAAAGUUGUUUCUAACCGAUGGCACCACAGUACCGCUAACAGGGAUUUGUAUAUACAUUUUUAGGACCAACACCACCAAGCAGCUGCCUGAGGAAGGGUUCCAAAAGGAUCUGUAUUGUGGCAUAAUAGACAACCAAAAAAUCGGUUUGGUAACAACUAUAGAGAGGAUCAUAGAACAUGUCUUCAUGGAAGCUUUGGCACACCCAAGUCCCGACUGUGACGAUGACGCUGCGAACUGUCCCAUGGUCAAAAAUCAACUGCUGCCGAGUCUGAGGUCCUUCUGCAGCGUCUUGAAGGUAUGUGAAGAAGUAUGUGGGGAAAAAAACCUCUUCGAUGACGGUCAGUACAUCACCGGUAACAGUACUCCAGACGAAGUUAAGGAAAUGGCAAAGCAUCCAGAAAAAGUGGAAUUCAUGGAGGGCAGAGUGAAAUCGUGGAUCAAGAAGUUGGACGAGAUUCUUAAGGAAAGCGAACAAAUUAGAAAGGAGAACGAUUCUUCAGGACCUCAAGACGAGCUCGAGUACUGGAAGAAAAGAGGAGCCAGGUUUUCCCAGAUCGUCAACCAGGUCAAUACCAGUGAGGUGAAGAACACCAUUCUGUGCAUCAAGUUGGCACAUUCGAAAAUCUUCAAGGAAUGGUCCGACACCGACAAGAAAAUAACCUUCUGCUACAAUGAAGCCAAGGACAACGCUAAGUAUAUUCAAGCUUUGGAAACUAAAUGCCACGCCUUAUACUUGGACGAUCCUGUUGAAAUGAAGAAAUCGAUUCUAGGACUUCUUCAAACUGUUCGCUUAAUACACAGUGUUUCACAAUUCUAUAACACUUCUGAACGCACGUCUGCUUUAAUGGUGAAGAUUACCAACCAGAUGAUCGAAACAUGCAAGGACUACAUAACAUGCAGAGGAAACGAAAGCAUUUGGUCUCAGGACAGAGAGCACAUAAAAGAAAAGUUAACCCAGUGCAUCGUUUUGAAUAAAGUGUACAGAAAAACUUACAUCGCCGUAAAAAACCAACCAUUUGUUGCUGGCGAACAGCCCUUCAAUUUUUCCGAGAACUACGUUUUUGGAAAGUUUGACGCGUUUUGUAGGAGACUCAGCAAGAUUAUAUCCAUGUUCGACUUGAUCGAUGACUACAACGCCUUGUUUAAGAAGAGAAUGGAGGGGUUGCUACUCGGUGAUGCUCUGGAGGAGGCAACACAGAAGUUCACCGAAAUAAAAUCGGUGGUGAUGAAUAAAAAAUAUGACUACUUAGAUCAAAGGAACAGCGAAUUUGAGAACGACUACAAAAGCUUUUUGGCGCUCACUGAUGAACUAAAGGAAGAAAUUGCCGAUACGAUCGAAACAAGCUAUGAUAGCGUUUGGGAGACACCACAAGGAAUUCAAUUCUUAACCAGAUUUGAAAAGGUCAGUGAGAAAAUUCCUCUAAACAAGAUGGAGGAGAAAUACGAAAGGAUUCUCAAGCACUGUGAAAAAGAAGUUGAUAGAAUUAUCAAGAUGUAUAAAAAACAGAAAGAUGAUCCGCCAGUACCUAGAAUGUUUCCGCCAAUAGCAGGCAGAAUUAAGUGGGCGAGAUCAUUAGUGUCCCACCUCGAUGAACUAUUAUCGAACGUAACUACUCACCAUAUCUUAAAGCAUAUGCCUGCUACAGUUGAACUCUCAAAACGACACAGACUGGCAGAGAACAUGCUCAAAAGUUUUGAAACCGAUAUGGUAGCUUUGUGGAUGAAUCAACACGUUUCUGACGUAGACAACUGCCUUCUGAGGAACCUGCUAGCAGUGUGCCCAGAGCAACAAAAACUAAAAGUCAACAUCCACAACACCAUCCCACUGCUCAUAAGAGAAGCAGAUCUUAUGAUGAAGAUGGACUUACCCAUGCCAAUGGUCGCGUUGACUCUAUUCGCCAAGAAGGACCAUUUCAGUUUAGUCCAAGAUCACUUACAAUUUCUGAUAAACGACUUCUUAACGACUGUGAAGAACGUUAAACUGGAAGUAAGGCCGUUGUUUUUGCCACAUCUAGUGAAACUGAUAAACAAGGUAGAACCGGGUCUAACAAAACUCAACUGGGUAUCAUCCGACUGGCAAAAUUUCGUGGACAAGGGGAAUGAGGCGAUUCAUGACUUCAAAGUUUUGUCGGAUAGAGUCCAUGACAUCUACGUGAACAGGGUCCUGGAAGUACUGAAGAGUAUGCAGUCCAUCCAACUACACGCACUCCCGGAAAUAGAGGAGGAUCCCUGGCGCGUAGACUAUUUCAGCGAUAAAAUUGAGUCUGUGUGUCGAAACGCAGCUGCUGAACUCCACAAGAAGAGCCUGAUGGUGGAGGAAGCUGUGGAAGAAAUUCUGUCUUUGGUACGCAAAGUGCAAGUGGAUUCUCCGUCCGCUUCAGACGAAGACGAGUUUUUCUUUGAAGAAGAUGACAAGCUGACAGACGUGGGCACGGCGUCGACGCAGCAGCAGUCAGACUGGUCCUUGGUGUGGGAAUGUUUCGAAAAGCCUCACAUCCUGCUCAGUGGCGGCAUGGGCAAGGCUAUGCAGGAUGUCGUAAGGGGAGCCUUAGGUGAAAUGCGACGUUACUACAGCAGGAAGAUCGUCGAUGUCUUGGUGAGAGUCACCAGGACUUCUUUGGAUGCUUUGCGAAGGAGAUUUUCAAUGGAAUAUCGUUCGGAGAGGACAGCGGUGUUUCUGCUGAACUCCGUGUUGCUUAUUCCUAAAGUAGGCAUCCAACCCAACUUGGAAGAAGUACAAGAGUUACUGGUAGUUGCUGGAAGGUAUAUCACCUCGGCAUCCAAAGGCGUAGGACAGUGGACUGCUGGUCUACCACAGGCACCCCCACCGAAGAAAUCCGUGUGGAAAAAAAUCGCCGGCCCCAAACCCAAUCUAAUGGACAUUGUGUACCGUUCUCGCAACGAGCAGAAGGCCGCCAAGGGAGCCGUCAAGACCAAGGAGGACGAUUUCAAGAUGAGGAGGAGGCGGCUCUACAGGCUGGCCACGGAGGAGAAACCCAAGUUCCCGCUGCAGCACAGGAACUUCUACAGCCACGUGAUGGAGAACAAGGAGGUGGUUAAGACGCUGUCGCUGCUGUCCACUUGCACUCAGGAUAUGAAGCAGGAAAUGAACCAGUUUAUUGCAAGAUGGAGGCCUUACAGCAUCCUCUGGAGAAAUGAAAAGUCCCAACGCGAACUACUGAGCCAGUGCCUUUCGGAGUUCGAAACGUCGUUGAGAAAACACGAAGAAUUGAACGAGCGGUUAACAACCGAACCCGACACGUUCGUCAUAGCAAAUUGCUUGGCUAUAUCUACGGAAAAACUGAAAUUUGGACUUGUUACAGAGAUCAAGUCGUGCACACACAGAAUUGGACAGGCAAUGAAGAAGAAGUACCGUAGAGAAAUGGACUACGUAUACGCCGUUAUAAGCGAAAUGGAACGGAAACUGGAAAGAACUAUAAGAGAUCUAGAUGAUGUUCGUUCAAUAAUGGACACCUUGAAGAAAAUUCGAGAACAAGAAGUAGAUAUGGAGCUAAAAAUUGACCCAAUUGAGGAGGCGUUUAACGUUCUUAGCCGUUACGACAUAUCUGUAGAAAGAGAAAUACUGGAACAAGUUGACAACCUUCGUUACACUUGGAGUCAAUUUUUGGAUAGAGCCCUCAAAGUUCAAGUCAACUUACUAGAUAUGCAACCGCAGUUCCAAGAUGACUUGAAGAACAAUUUGGAUAAAUUUAGACAAGACAAAAUCGACUACUGCAACGAAUAUAAAACUGCUGGGCCAAUGCAACCUGGCCUCUCUCCAAGAGAGGCUUCCGACAGGCUUAUCCUUUUCCAAAAUCGCUUUGAUGGGAUGUGGCGCAGGCUCCAAACAUACCAAAGUGGUGAGGAGCUUUUUGGCUUGCCAACAACAGAUUACCCCGACUUGGCCCAGAUCCGUAAAGAACUGAAUCUCCUUCAGAAACUCUACAAGCUCUACAACGACGUUAUAGACCGAGUAAACAGUUACUACGACAUACCAUGGGGAGAAGUUAACAUCGAGGAAAUCAACAACGAACUCAUGGAGUUCCAAAACAGAUGCAGGAAGUUGCCAAAAGGCUUGAAAGAGUGGCCCGCUUUCUUCGCGUUGAAGAAGACCAUAGAUGACUUUAAUGAUAUGUGUCCUCUACUGGAAUUGAUGGCGAAUAAGGCUAUGAAGCCUAGGCAUUGGCAGAGAAUUAUGGAUUCUUUAAAGCAUACUUUUGAUUUUGAGAGCGACGGGUUCUGUUUGAAGAAUAUUUUGGAAGCGCCUCUUCUUCAACAUAAAGAGGACAUUGAGGAUAUUUGUAUAUCUGCAAUGAAAGAGAAGGACAUUGAAAGUAAAUUAAGGCAAGUAACAACUGAAUGGUCAAUCCACGAAUUAACUUUCCAAACAUUCAAUAACAGAGGAGAACUGUUACUUAGAGGAGACACAACAGCUGAGACGAUUGGGCAGUUGGAGGAUAGUCUUAUGGUAUUAGGUUCCCUGCUCUCGAACAGAUACAACGCGCCAUUCAAGAAACAUAUUCAACAAUGGGUACAUGACUUAUCCAACACGAAUGAAAUCUUGGAGAGAUGGCUCCUGGUGCAGAACAUGUGGGUCUACUUGGAGGCAGUUUUCGUAGGGGGAGACAUCGCUAAACAGUUGCCCAAGGAGGCGAAAAGGUUCUCGAAGAUUGACAAAUCUUGGCAGAAGAUUAUGCAAAGGGCUCAUGAAACGUCUGGUGUAGUUGCAUGUUGCGUUGGUGAUGAUCUUCUAAAGCAGCUGCUGCCUCAUCUCCAGGAGCAAUUAGAGCUGUGUCAAAAAUCCCUAAGUGGCUACCUAGAGAGAAAACGAACGAUGUUCCCAAGAUUCUUCUUCGUAUCAGACCCAGCUCUUCUAGAAAUUCUUGGACAAGCGUCUGAUUCGCACACCAUCCAGAACCAUCUGCUCUCCAUUUUCGACAACACCAGAUGGGUGAAGUUCCAUGAUAUUGAAUACAACAAAAUAACAGCUGUGGUUUCUUCCGAGGGGGAAUCAAUUCCUCUGGAGAAAGCAGUCAGAGCUGAAGGAAGUGUGGAAACGUGGCUGACUCAGCUGUUGCAGACUUCCCAAUCUUCGCUCCAUUCGAUUAUCAGACAAGCCUACAACAUGAUAAACGACCCAAACUUCCACUUGCUUCAAUUCUUGGAUAAAAUGCCUGCGCAGAUUGGAUUGCUUGGUUUGCAGAUGAUCUGGACCAGAGAUGCGGAGCUGGCCUUAAUGCAGGCAAGGCACGACAAAAAAGUCAUGCCAGACACUAAUAACAAGUUCCUGGAGCUUUUAAAUACUCUCAUAGAUCAAACCACGAGAGACCUUACAAGAAUCGAGAGAACGAAGUUUGAGACUCUUAUCACUAUACACGUUCAUCAGCGAGAUAUUUUCGACAUCCUGUGCCGAAUGAAUGUAAGACACGUGAACGACUUCGAGUGGUUAAAACAGUGUAGAUUUUAUUUCAAAGAGGAGCAAGAUAAGACACUCAUAAUAAUAACGGAUGUGUCGUUUUCGUACCAAAAUGAAUACCUUGGAUGUACUGACAGAUUGGUUAUCACCCCUCUUACCGAUAGGUGCUAUAUAACACUUGCCCAAGCAUUGGCCAUGAGUUUAGGAGGAGCUCCUUGUGGACCAGCUGGUACCGGCAAAACAGAAACCGUAAAGGAUAUGGGUAAAACUUUGGCAAAAUACGUCGUCGUUUUCAACUGUUCCGAUCAGAUGGAUUACAGAGGUCUUGGUCGUAUUUAUAAAGGUUUGGCUCAAUCCGGUUCAUGGGGAUGCUUCGAUGAGUUCAACAGGAUAGAACUGCCUGUCUUGUCGGUAGCUGCACAGCAGGUUGCUGUAGUACUAGCCAGCAAAAAAGAGAAAAAGAAGAGUUUCCAGUUCACCGACGGCGAUAUAAUCGACCUGUGUCCAGAAUUUGGCAUUUUUAUAACAAUGAAUCCUGGCUACGCUGGAAGGAAAGAAUUACCCGAAAAUUUGAAGAUACAAUUCAGAACAGUCGCCAUGAUGGUACCAGACCGCCAGAUCAUCAUCAGAGUUAAACUUGCCAGCUGUGGUUUUCUUGAAAAUAUAACACUCGCAAGAAAGUUCUACACCCUCUACAAACUAUGCGAAGAGCAGCUGACCAAACAAGUCCACUAUGAUUUCGGCUUGAGGAAUAUCCUGUCGGUAUUGCGCAGUUUGGGGGCAGCAAAGAGGGUGAAUAACAAAGACACCGAGAGUACUAUAGUGAUGAGGGUAUUGAGAGACAUGAAUCUCUCGAAACUUAUAGACGAGGACGAGCCGUUGUUUAUUUCCUUGGUGGCGGACUUGUUCCCGAACCAAGUUCUGGAAAAAACCGCUUAUCCAGAACUGGAAGAUGCCAUUGAGAAUCAAGUGGAACAAGCGGGACUUGUGAAUCAUUCCUCUUGGGCUCUUAAGUUGAUUCAGCUGUAUGAAACGCAACGCGUUCGUCAUGGAAUAAUGACUCUUGGCCCUACUGGAGCUGGCAAGACGACAUGCAUUCAAAUUUUAAUGAAAUCUCUGACGCAAAUGGGAGACUUCCACAAAGAAAUGAGAAUGAAUCCCAAAGCGAUCACAGCUUCCCAAAUGUUCGGUAGGUUAGAUGUAGCUACUAACGAUUGGACAGAUGGGAUAUUUUCAGCUCUAUGGAGGAAAACUUUGAAAUCCAAACAAGCUGAACAUAUAUGGUUGGUGCUGGAUGGUCCAGUCGACAGUAUAUGGAUAGAAAACUUGAACUCUGUCUUGGACGACAACAAAACCUUAACUUUAGCAAACGGCGACAGGUUGGCAAUGGCCCCAAACUGCAAAAUAAUUUUCGAACCACACAACAUAGACAACGCCUCUCCCGCUACGGUAUCAAGAAACGGAAUGGUCUAUAUGAGCUCGUCGGGGUUGACUUGGAAGCCGGUUGUAAGAGCUUGGCUCAAGAGGAGAAGCCAGAGUGAGCAAGAUGUAUUUACUACUCUAUUCGACGAAUCUUUUUCUGAACUGUAUACCUGGGGGACUCAAAAUUUAUCUUUGGUUAUGGAGGUGCUUCAGUGCAACAUUACCUUACAGAUUCUGAAAUUGCUGGAAGGGCUCAUUCCCAGCCAGGUGGAGACGGACGACAUCUCCGCAGCUAAAUCCGAUAUCGGUGACGAUGACGAUAUGCUUGAAGAGUCCGAGAAAAGCGAGGAGCAUAAGUUGCUUACAUCUGAGCAUUUGGCAAAGUUGUACGUAUUUGCUUUGACCUGGGGUAUGGGCGCCUAUCUGGAUGCAGAAGACAGACUAAAGUACGACGUGUUUCUGAAGGAUAGUUUGAGCUUUUUGGAUCUGCCAAUCAAUGACAGAAAGAAUCCAGAUGCAACAGUCUUUGAUUAUGCUGUCAGUUCCGAUGGAGAAUGGAAGCUUUGGAGCUCAAUGGUGACGAACUACGUGUAUCCUGAGACCAGUACGCCAGAUUUCUCUACAAUACUCAUCCCCAUUCCUGACAACGUCAGGAUCAACUACCUAGUGGACACAAUAGCGAAGCAAGAAAAGGCGGUACUGCUUAUUGGCGAACAGGGCACAGCCAAAACGGUCAUGAUGAAGUCUUACAUGAAGAAAGCCAACCCGGAACUGUACCUAAACAGAGCCUUCAACUUUUCCAGUGCCACCUCUCCCUAUCAGUUCCAAAAGAUUAUAGAGAGCUAUGUGGAGAAGAGGAUGGGGAACACGUUUGGUCCUGGGAAUGGAAAGAAAAUGAUCGUUUUCAUAGACGAUAUUAACUUGCCUGAGAUUAACUGUUGGGGAGAUCAGGUAACCAAUGAAAUCGUGAGACAGACCAUGGACAUGGGUGGCUUUUACAGCUUGGAGAAACCAGGGGAAUUCACCACGAUCGUAGAUGUACAAUUUGUAGCCGCGAUGGGACAACCCGGUGGUGGCAAGAACGACAUACCCUCCAGGCUCAAGAGGCAGUUUUGCAUGUUUAAUUGUCCGCUGCCGACAGACACGUCAAUAGAUAAAAUAUUUGGAGUAAUAGCCCAAGGUCAUUACAACUCCAAGAGGGGAUUUUCCUUGGAAGUACGGAAUCUAGUUAAGAAACUGAUACCUUUGACAAGAAUUUUAUGGAAGAACACGAGGCAGAAAUUGUUGCCCACUCCGGCUAAAUUCCACUAUGUUUUCUCUCUCCGAGAUCUAUCAAGGAUUUGGCAGGGGAUGAUUGGCACCCUUUCCACAGUAAUAGAAUCUGAGGGUUGCAUGAUGGUGCUGUGGAAGCACGAAUGCACAAGAGUUUUCUCCGAUAGAUUCACCUUAGAGUCCGACAAAGAGUGGUUCAACGAGGAGUUGUUGAAUUUAGUGGAAGAGCACCUAGGAGCGGACCUUCGAUCAAAAACUGAACCAAAUCCGGUAUUCGUUGAUUUCAUGAGAGAUGCUCCUGAGCCGACAGGUGAGGAAGGUGAGGAUGCCGAUAUGGAACUUCCCAAGGUUUACGAACCAGUCGACGACGAAAACGUAUUGCGAGAGAGGCUAGAUAUGUUUCUGUCUCAAUUCAACGAGAUGGUGAGGGGAAACGGCAUGGACCUGGUGUUCUUCCCCGACGCUAUGUUGCAUUUGGUCAAAAUAUCGAGGAUUAUAAGACAUCCUCGAGGGAACGUUAUGUUAGUUGGUGUUGGAGGAAGCGGCAAGCAAUCACUUACCAAACUGUCAUCGUUCAUAGCCGGUUACAAGACUUUUCAGAUAGCCCUAACCCGCUCUUACAACAUAGCGAACUUCUUGGAAGACCUUAAGGUCCUUUACAGAUCGUGCGGAUGUCAGGGGAAGGGAACUACUUUUAUUUUCACCGACUUGGACAUAAAGGAAGAGGGUUUCUUAGAGUACUUGAACAACAUCCUUUCGGCUGGUGUGAUGUCGAAUCUGUUCACUAAGGACGAACAGGCUGAAAUCAUACAGGAAUUGACUCCUAUCAUGAAACGAGAGAACCCAAAGAGGACCCUAAAUCAGGAAGUCGUGAUGGAGUACUUCAUGAACAGGACCUGCCAGAAUUUGCACGUCGUCUUUUGUUUUUCACCGGUUGGUGAGAAGUUUAGAAAUAGAGCAUUGCGCUUCCCAGCUUUAAUAUCAGGUUGCACCAUAGACUGGUUUCAACCAUGGCCGAAGGAUGCCCUAAUCUCAGUGGCCGAACACUUCUUGGCAGACUUUGAGAUCGAAUGUACAUCGGAAGUGAAACAAGAGUUAGUUAAAGCACUCGGAUCUAUCCAAGACGUCGUAUCGUGCACGUCCACAGAAUAUUUCCAGAGGUUCCGUCGAGCAACCCAUGUCACCCCAAAGUCUUACUUGAACUUCAUAGCGGGCUACAAGAGCAUCUACAAGAGUAAACAGAAGGAAUUGAGCGAUGGCGCUCUGCGCAUGGAUACCGGUCUGGAGAAAUUGGCGGAGGCUUCAUCGUCGGUGUUAAUCUUGAAGAAAGAAUUAGCUGUUAUGGAGAAGGAGCUAGCCGACGCUUCUGAAAGGGCUGAAACGGUUCUUACCGAGGUAACUGAACGCGCGAUGCAAGCAGAGAUUGUGAAGAAUCAAGUGCAAAAGGUGAAAGAGAAAGCUGAAGUUCUAGUAUCUUCUAUAGCCGAGGAAAAGGCUCUAGCUGAACAGAAACUGGAGGCUGCCAAACCGGCGCUAGAGGAAGCCGAGGCAGCUUUGAACACUAUAAAGCCUGCACAUAUUGCUACUGUGAGAAAAUUGGGGCGGCCGCCUCAUUUGAUCAUGAGAAUAAUGGACUGCGUCCUCAUCCUGUUUCAACGAAAAUUACAUCCUGUCGUGCCUGAUACCGCAGCGCCUUGCCCAAAACCAUCAUGGCCUGAGUCGUUAAAGAUGAUGGCCUCAACCACGUUCUUGCUUCAACUUCAAAACUAUCCCAAAGACAUCAUAAACAACGAAAUGGUGGAAUUACUUCAACCGUACUUCCAAAUGGAAGAUUACAACAUGGAUACAGCCAAGCGGGUCUGUGGUGAUGUCGCUGGUUUGCUGUCUUGGACGAAAGCCAUGGCGUUCUUCCACAGCGUCAAUAGGGAAGUUCUACCUUUGAAAGCUAAUUUAACUUUGCAGGAAGCUAGACUGAAAGUGGCCAUGGAAGACUUGGCUGCAGCUGAACAACAACUGGAGGAGAGAGAACAAUCGUUGAGGGAAGUAAAGGAGCAAUACGACAAAGCAGUUUUAGAAAAACAGAGACUGACGGAUGCGGCUAACUCGUGUCUGAGGAAGAUGAACACUGCCACCACACUGAUAAAUGGACUCGGUGGCGAGAAGGUCAGGUGGACGCAGCAGAGCAAGGAGUUCAAACAACAACUGGGUCGACUAGUCGGAGAUGUUCUUCUGGCGACGGGAUUCCUGUCUUACUGUGGCCCAUACAAUCAAGAAUUCAGGGCAAAUCUAGUCAACACCUGGAUGGAAAUUUUGUUGUCCAGAUCGAUCCCGUACACGGUUAACUUAAACAUUACAAACAUGCUCGUGGAGAAUUCCACAGUUUCCGAAUGGACCCUUCAGGGACUGCCAAAUGAUGAGUUGUCAGUCCAAAACGCAUUGAUAGUUACCAAAUCAAGGUCAUACCCACUACUCAUCGAUCCACAGAACCAGGGUAAGAUGUGGAUUAAGAACAAAGAAGCGGACAACAAUUUGCAAAUAACUUCUUUGAAUCAUAAGUAUUUCAGGACACACGUUGAAGACUGUUUGUCUUUAGGAAAGCCACUUUUAAUAGAAGACAUCGAUAUAGAGUUAGAUCCGGUCCUGGAUAACGUUUUGGAAAAAAAUUUCAUCAAAUCAGGCUCUAUAGAAAAAGUUAUAGUCGGUGAUAAGGAAUGUGAUGUUCUCAAAGGGUUCAUGUUGUAUAUUACGACCAAAUUACCAAAUCCACCAUAUUCCCCAGAAAUUAGCGCCAAAACCUCCAUAAUAGACUUUACUGUUACCAUGUUAGGAUUGGAAGAUCAACUGCUUGGGAGAGUUAUCUUAAUGGAAAAAUCUGACCUAGAGGCGGAGCGCGUGGCGCUCUUUGAAUCCGUGGUACAGAACCAGCGCAGCAUGAAAGACUUGGAAACCAACCUGCUAAGUCGGUUGAACUCUACCCAGGGCUCCCUGGUGGACGACGAAGAACUGAUAAACGUCCUCCAGGUCACCAAAACCACUGCCGAAGAAGUGACUCAGAAACUGCAGGUGUCAGCUCAGACUGAGAGGAAGAUCAACGUCGCCCGGGAAGAGUUCAGGGCGGUGGCAGCUAGAGGUUCCAUUUUGUACUUCCUCAUCGUGGAAAUGAGCAACGUCAACGUCAUGUACCAGAACUCGCUCAAGCAGUUCCUGAUUCUUUUUGAUAGUUCAAUUACUAAGUCGGAGAAAAGUACCAACACGGCGGAAAGAAUAGACAUCAUAUUGAAGUAUCUUACUCAUGAGGUUUGGACUUUUACUCAAAGAAGUUUGUACGAGCGACACAAAGCACUAUUCACACUGAUGAUGGCCAUGAAGAUUGACUUACAGAAAGGAGUCAUAAGUCACGAAGAGUUCCUGGCUUUCAUAAAAGGAGGUGCUUCUCUAGAUUUAAAUGCAGUGGUUCCAAAACCUUUUAAAUGGAUUCUGGACAUAACUUGGCUGAAUCUGGUUGAAAUCAACAAGUUGGCCACUUUUUCGGACGUUCUAAUAAAGAUUGAAGCGAAUGAAAAGGACUGGAGAGUUUGGUACGAGAAAGAAAAACCAGAAGAGGAAGACAUACCUUGUGGUUAUCACAAAAAAUUAGACGUUUUCAGGAAAUUACUGCUGAUCCGUUCAUGGAGUCCAGAUCGUACUUUGUCGCAGGCUCGAAAGUACAUCAUGGAUUCUUUGGGAGAAGAGUAUGGCGAACCUUGCAUAUUAGACUUGGAAGCAACGUGGAAUGAAUCAGAACCAACUACUCCUUUGAUAUGCAUUCUAUCCAUUGGCUCGGAUCCUUCCCCACAAAUAUCUGCGUUAGCAAAAGCUAAGGAAAUAACACUAAAAGCAGUCUCCAUGGGUCAGGGGCAGGAAAUCGUAGCCCGAGACAUGAUCGAAUCGUCCAUGUCGAACGGCGGGUGGGUUCUCCUGCAAAAUAUACACCUUUCUCUGCCUUUUGCCACUGAGGCAAUGGGUAUGAUUGUAGACACCGAGAAUAUCCACGAAACCUUUCGUAUCUGGUUGACAACGGAAGUUCAUGAACAAUUCCCCAUAGGGCUUCUCCAAAUGGCCAUUAAAUUCACCAACGAGCCGCCCCAAGGGAUCAGGGCUAGCUUGAAGAGGACUUACCAGAGCAUCACUCAAGACUACUUGGACUACUCGGCGCAAUCGCAGUGGCCACCUUUGCUGUACGCCGUCGCCUUUUUGCACACGGUGGUUCAAGAAAGGAGAAAGUUUGGGCCACUUGGAUGGAACGUUCCUUACGAGUUCAAUCAAGCCGAUUUCGCUGCUAGCGUCCAGUUCAUCCAGAACCAUCUGGACGAUAUGGACCCCAAGAAAGGAGUGUCAUGGCCGACUGUGUGCUACAUGUUGGGAGAGGUGCAAUAUGGUGGGAGAGUAACUGAUGAUUUUGAUAAGAGACUGUUAACAACUUUCACUCAGGUGUGGUUCUGUGACAUACUUCUAAGACCAGGCUUCGAGUUCUACAAAGGUUACAAAGUACCACAAACUAGGAACUUGCAUGGAUACAUCGACUACAUCAAUGCAUUGCCUGCGACUGAUUCACCAGAAGUUUUCGGUUUACAUUCCAACGCUGAUAUCACCUAUCAGAUAAACACUGCUAAGGGUAUUCUAGACACAAUUCUUAGCGUGCAACCAAAAGAAGGAGGUGGUGGUUGUGGUGAAACCAGAGAAAGUGUGGUGUAUUGCUUAGCCCAAGACAUGCUGCAGAAGUUGCCGAUGCAGUACAACAGUUUCGAGGUUAAGGAUGCCCUUCAAAGGAUGGGUGCCCUACUGCCAAUGAAUAUAGUUCUGCGUCAAGAAAUAGACAGGAUGCAAAAAGUACUUAAAGAGGUUAAGUCCACUCUAACUGAUCUAAAGCUUGCCAUAGACGGAACAAUAGUCAUGAGCCAGAAUUUAAGAACUUCCUUGGAUGCCAUGUACGACGCAAGGAUUCCAGAAAAAUGGCUAAAGAUAUCUUGGGAGUCAGCAACGUUAGGGUUUUGGUACACGGAACUCCUGGAACGGGACGCUCAGUUCCGGAACUGGUGCCAAAACGGCAGACCUAACGUCUUUUGGAUGACUGGCUUCUUCAAUCCUCAAGGAUUCCUAACGGCUAUGAGACAGGAUGUUACAAGGGCUCACAAGGGUUGGGCGUUGGACUCUGUAGUUUUACAGAACCUCAUAACGAGGUACAGCAAAGAAGACUUGAAGGAGGGUCCACAAGAAGGAGUUUAUGUCCAUGGACUUUUCUUGGAGGGCGCUAGUUUAGAUCGUAAGUCUGGCAAGUUGGUCGAGAGCAAACCAAAGAUCCUGUAUGAGCAGAUGCCUGUAAUAUACAUUUACGCCAUUAAUACGACGGCCGGUAAAGAUCCUAGGUUGUACGAGUGUCCGAUUUACAGGAAGCCGCAGAGAACGGAUCAGAAAUACGUUGGUUCCAUCGACUUUGAAACAGAACACAAUCCAAGGCACUGGACGUUACGUGGUGUUGCACUUUUAUGUGAUAUAAAGUAA